AUGGCUAUUCACUCCAGGGAUGAUGCUUUGAUGUGCAAGAUUUUUCCAUCGAGUUUGGGUCCAACGGCGAUGAGGUGGUUCAAUGGCUUAAGGGCCAAUUCUAUUGGAUCUUUCAAGACACUGACUCGGGCUUUUGGUGCUCGCUUUAUUACAUGCAGCCGGACUCCCCGGCCUUUAGGAUCCUUGUUGACUUUGUCUAUGCGAGAGGGUGAGACUCUCAAGAGUUAUUCGGAUAGGUACUGGAAAAUGUUUAACGAAAUAGAGGGAAAGAAUGAUCCCGUGGCUAUAACCACUUUCAAAGCCGGUCUCCCAACUGAUCACGACUUGAGGAAAUCCUUGACGGGUAAACCUGUCACCAGUGUUCGCCAGCUGAUGGACAGAAUAGAUAAGUACAGAAGGGUUGAGGAAGAUCAACUUCAGGGGAAAGGAAAGGCCAAGAUGAUCCCUCAAGAGAGGAGGGAUUUCAGGUCGGAUCGUUAUAAUAACAGCCGACCAAGGAGGGACUUUGUCGGGCAGUCGGGCUCGGCGGACGCCCAGGUUGUUAAUGCAGUAUUUCGGGAGCCUGUUCAGCAAGUUUUUGAGAAGAUAAAGAAUGAACCGUUCUUCAAAUGGCCGAACAAGAUGGCGGGAGAGCCUAGAAAACGCAACCCGAGUUUGUAUUGCCAUUACCAUCAGGAUCAUGGGCACACGACAGACAAUUGCAGGAAUUUAUGGGACCAUUUGGAACAGUUGGUCCGUGAAGGAAAAUUAAAGCAACUCUUGCAUCACUCCAGCGGAAGGGCGAGCCAAGCAGGUUCCGAGGUGCGUGGGGAUGCUUCAUCAAGGCUCUCCCUGGGUACAAUUAACGUUAUCUUCGCGGCCCCGGGAAGGACUGGAUCUUGCCCCUCGAGAGUGUUGUCGGUGUCCAGAUCCCCGGCCGAGGAUCAUUCUCAGGCAGUGAAGAGAGCCAAGAGGCGUGUCCCUUUGAUUUUGGGUUUCUCAGAUGAGGAUCUGGUUAGGACCAUACAGCCCCAUGAGGAUGCUUUGUUGGUAACGUUGAGGAUUAGCGGGUACCAUGUCCGGAGAGUGAUGGUUGAUCAGGGAAGCGCUGUAGAUGUGAUGUAUCCUGAUUUGUACCAGGGGCUAGGUUUGAAACCAGAGGACUUAACAACCUAUAAUUCCCCUCUAGUGAGUUUUGACGGAAGGUUGGUCAUUCCCAUGGGGCUAAUCAGGCUGCCCGUGCAGUCAGGCACGGAUGUGGUGGAAGUGGAUUUUAUUGUCGUAGAUGUUUUUUCUCCAUACACAGCUAUUGUGGGCAGACCUUGGCUUCACACCCUUAAAGCGGUUUCGUCCACCCUACAUCAGAAGGCGAAAUACCCAUCCGGAGACCAAGUGCUGGAGAUAGUAGGGAGUCAGGUUGGGGCCAAGUUGCCUUUGCAAGAGAAAGCGAAUUUGCUGGAAUUCCUCCGAGCCAAUGUGGACGUUUUUGCAUGGGACCCGUACGAAGCCCCAGGGGUGGACCCGAAUUUCAUUUGUCACCGGCUCAACGUGAACCCUGCCGCUGUCCCUAGAAGGCAACCUCCUCGGAGACCAUCGAAGGAGCAUGCCGAGGCAGUUAGAAGUGAAGUUACCAAGCUCAAACAGGCUGGGGCUAUCAAGGAAGUGUUUUACCCUCAAUGGUUGGCCAAUACGGUGGUAGUAAAAAAGAAGACUGGAAAAUGA